GCUGUAGAGCCAUAGAUUGGGACCAUGUCGAGCGAAUCGUCAACGGAGAGCGACAGCGAACUGUACGACCCGCUGGCCGAGGAGCUGCAUAAUGUGCAGCUGGUCAAGCAUGUCACCAGGGAGAACAUCGAUGCCCUGAACGCCAAGUUUGCCAAUCUCCAAGAGCCGCCGGCCAUGUACUUAACAGAAUACCAGGAGCUCACAUCGAAGCUGCAUGAGCUGGAGGCCAAAGAGCACGAGCUGAUGGAGCAGCUUAAUGCGUUGCAGCAGGAAGACGAUGGCAGCCAGAGUGCCGCGGACAUGCAGCAGCAGCGCAGCGCCGCGGAUAGGGAUCAGCCGCACUACCAGAACCAGACGCAGAUCCUACAGCAGCAGCGGCAGCUGGCGCGGGGGCCUCUGGCCUACCAUGGCAGCGACCUGACAGACAGCCUGAUGUCGAACCCCGGCUCCGGUAGCACCAGCCAGUGCGGCACGCUUACCCGCCAGCCCAAGAUCCUGCUGCGGGCCCAUCUGCCCAACCAACAGCGCACCUCGGUCGAGGUGGUCGCCGGCGUGCGACUCUGCGAUGCUCUGAUGAAGGCGCUCAAGCUGCGCCAGCUGACGCCGGACAUGUGCGAGGUGAGCACAUCGCAUAGCGGGCGACAUAUCAUACCGUGGAACACGGACAUUGGCACGCUGCAUGUGGAGGAGAUAUUUGUGCGACUGCUGGACAAGUUCCCCAUUCGGACCCACACGCAGCAUCAGAUCAUACGCAAGACAUUCUUCUCGCUAGUCUUCUGCGAGGGCUGCCGGCGGCUACUCUUCACCGGGUUCUACUGCAGUCAGUGCAAUUUCCGCUUCCAUCAGCGGUGCGCGUCCUUGGUGCCGAUGCUGUGCCAGCCCUUUCCCAUGGAUAGCUAUUACCAGCUACUGCUGGCCGAGAAUCCGGACAACGCCCUCGGGUUUCCCGGACGCGGCACGGCCGUCCGAUUCAACGUGAGUAGCCGCAGCCAUAGCCGGCGAUGCAGCAGCAGCGGGAGCAGCAGCAGCUCUAAACCUUCUGCAAACCAUCGACAGGGCCGGCCGCCUCGCAUAAGCCAGGACGACCGCUCCAAUUCCGCUCCCAAUGUGUGCAUCAACAACAUCCGAUCGGUGACCACUGAGGUUCAGCGCAGCCUCAUAAUGCACGCAAGGCCGCCAUUGCCGCAUCCCUGCACGGAUCACUCGAACUCAACUCAGGCCUCGCCUACGAGCACUCUCAAGCAUAAUCGACCCCGUGCCCGAUCCGCCGACGAGAGCAACAAGAACCUGCUGUCACGUGAGGACAAGAGCUCCGAGGAGAAUUGGAACAUCAAAGCGGAGGAGAUUCUAAUUGGGCCGCGCAUUGGUUCCGGCUCCUUUGGUACCGUUUAUCGGGCCCAUUGGCAUGGACCCGUGGCGGUCAAGACCCUUAACGUUAAGACGCCCAGUCCCACCCAGCUGCAGGCCUUCAAGAACGAGGUGGCCAUGCUGAAGAAGACGCGCCACUGCAACAUUCUGCUCUUCAUGGGAUGCGUCUCGAAGCCAUCGCUGGCGAUUGUCACCCAAUGGUGCGAGGGCAGUAGCCUCUAUAAGCAUGUCCACGUCAGCGAGACGAAGUUUAAGCUGAACACGCUCAUCGACAUUGGCCGGCAAGUGGCCCAGGGCAUGGACUAUCUCCAUGCCAAAAACAUUAUACACAGAGACCUGAAAUCGAACAACAUUUUCCUCCACGAGGAUCUGUCGGUGAAGAUUGGCGAUUUCGGGCUGGCUACAGCGAAGACCAGAUGGUCGGGCGAGAAGCAGGCCAACCAGCCGACGGGCAGUAUUCUUUGGAUGGCACCGGAGGUGAUACGGAUGCAGGAGCUGAAUCCCUACUCCUUCCAGUCGGACGUGUACGCCUUCGGCAUUGUGAUGUACGAGCUGUUGGCCGAGUGCCUGCCCUACGGUCACAUCAGCAACAAGGAUCAGAUCCUGUUUAUGGUGGGACGCGGCCUGCUGCGACCAGAAAUGAGCCAGGUGCGCUCCGAUGCCCCACAGGCAUUGAAACGCCUGGCCGAGGACUGCAUCAAGUACACGCCCAAGGACAGACCGCUCUUCCGCCCGCUGCUCAACAUGCUCGAAAAUAUGUUGCGCACGCUGCCCAAAAUCCAUCGCAGCGCCAGCGAGCCCAAUUUGACGCAGUCCCAGCUGCAGAACGACGACUUCCUCUAUCUGCCCAGCCCCAAGACGCCGGUGAACUUUAACAAUUUCCAGUUCUUUGGCAGUGCCGGCAACAUCUAAUUUGGUUGUGGAGCGGAGCGGAACGAGGCGUGGCGUGGCUGCUGUACCUGUACUUACGAAACUUACAAAAAUCUGUAACUGUUUGUUGAACUGUUUUUCUCAUGGUUUUUUUCCUGUACAUAACUCGUCCUGUGUGAGCGAGAGACGAAAAGCGAGCGAAUCAGAGGGAGACGGAGACAAAGGACGGACGCAGACAUUCAAUCAGAAGGAGACAGGAUACGAGUAACGUAACGAAGGAGAGUGUCUCUCUCGCACAUGAUGACAAGUGGACGGACCAACAAAAAUACCAAUACCUCUGUGCUGCUUCUGCUUAUUCUUCCAUAAACCCCAAUCCCCAACUCCCCCCGAACAAAAACUGAUAAACGUGCAUUUCUGUUACUGUUAACUGCAACGCCCAUGUGUACAUACCUUGCAACAUAAUUUAUUAAUGUUAAGCCCCCCACAAACUAAACUAAACUAAACUAAAACUAUGUAAACUAGCUGAUCCACUAGCGAUUACAUUAAACACAUAAUACAUACAAUACUACAAAAAA